GAAAACUGGCACAUCUUAGUGCGGUGUUUGGAGUGGAUAUAAAAACGCUGAAGAUUCAGUGGAAAAGAGUUAGCAAGUGAACAGUGUUGUGUUGAUAUCAGUGAAUUUUGUUGCGAAAACUGUGGAAGAAGAGCAAAAUGUUGAGAAUUAUUGAGAUCACAUCAAUUCUUUUGGUGAUUGUGGCCACAGAGGCUCUGCCUGCUAAUCAGAGUCCUACGAAAACCGCCAAAAUUCAGCAUAUCUCAGAAUACUAUUCCAAUGAUCACUAUGCAGUCCCAGAACCUCCCAAACGUCCCACUCCCAUCAAUCCUGACAUUGUCAGUGAUCCCAAACCUGAAGAAAAAGUCCAUUUGAUUCCGCCGAAAGAUGAGACAGAAGAGAGAACAAUCCCUGCCCUUCAUCGUCAGAGGCGAGUUGUCGAUGAGUCUGAAGCUCAGGAUCAACCAACAACAGCCAAACCGACAAGACCGUGGUGGCGCAGGAUGAACUUCCGGGAGAAUUUGAGAACCACGGAGGAGCCGAAGAAGGCUUCUGAAGAGGGAGAAGUGCCUGAGGAAGAGGUUUUGGAGGUGUCUAAGGACGAAAGUGCCCCAGAAAAUCAGGAAGAUUGUGAGAAGGAUGAGGAGUCUGCUGAGGUGCAGAGAGUACAGGAGCAUAGUGUCAACAUUCAACAUAUUCAAACGCAAUCCUUGCCUGUUAUUCCACCUCACAGGGACAUCUUCUAAAUUAUCUUAGACCACUUUUUUUGUACACGAUUUUACACAAAAAAGGUAGAUUAAAUUAUUUACCAUCCUC